GAAAAAUCCAUACGAUACCGCUAACAGGUCGGGCUGGUUUGUGAACGCGCUGCAGUUAUUUUGUCGAUUUUUACAUCGUUUCAUGGAAGUAAAGUGUUUUGAACUACAUGUACAAUAUUACAACAGUGCUUAUUAUGUAGAACAUAUGGAGUGACAAAUUUGAUAGCGAUUAUACAUGAAGAUCAUGUAAUUUCCGCGUAAACAAUACCAAAACUCUCAGAAAAACAAGUUUUGUCAAUAUGGGUUAGUUUGAUUGUUUCAACAAACAUAUAGAAUGAAGAAAUAUUUACAAUACAACUCCACUCACUUCCGUGAAACUCCGUCAGAUGUAGGGAUCAAUCUCCCACACAGACAGACACCAGAAGCACGCCAGAAUGAGGCAAGGUGCCCUGUGGUAUUGGACCUUUCUGGAAGGCCUAGUGUUAACCCGGUUUCCAAGGUAACGGAUCAGAAAGGGGCCAAUGAGCAAGAAGCUGCCUUAGACCUGUCCAAAUAUGGAAGACAAGAGUCACAAGAGGAGGCUUUGGAUUUGAGCAAACCAAGUGGAAAUAACCAAUCGUAUCCACCGACACAUUCUGUCAACCAAUCACGUAGCUCCAUACAUACACCUCCUGUCACAAGACAUUCCAAGUCUCCUGCUAGCCAACCAUAUAGCUUGUUACAAGCAGCUCUGAAUUCAAGCCAACCGAAUGCUGGCUUACAUACAGUGUUUGACAGGAUCUGCCAGUCAACAGCUGCUAUGCUGGAGCAAAGGGCAAUGAUAUUUUCUACUGCAGGUAUGCCACUGACUGACUAUGGAAGGAGCAUAAAGCCGUUUUCCUCACUGUCAUCAAGGCCUCUUGGAAUUACGAUGCCUCACAUGUCUCACAACUCUGGGGCUGUCAUUCAGGGAAUACACAAACCAAUCGCCAUAACGACCCCACAGCCACAUAACGCCUCAGUGAACACCAAAAGCCAAAGUGUCAGUGAAGCCACAGUUAGCGUGACAGAUGCGAGCCAGUCAAUACCUAGCACUAGUAACCAAGGUUACUCUGUUAGCCAAUCAAAUUACACUUCUGGACUGAACAGUCAGAUCAGUAGACAGUUAAACUCGGGGAAAAUUGGCAGCGUUGACUCACUUAAAUAUUCGCCAGACUCGUUAAAAGAUCCAGACAUGGUUGAACGUUACUUAAUUCAGCCCCCUAAAGGCUUGAAUCAUUUUGUCGGAAAAGUAAAUGUGAUACCUACCGAAGCUCUGGCUGGAUUUUCUUGUAGUCAGUGCUCAAAAUCAUUUAAAACCAAAGCUGCAUUGAAGCUUCACACAACUGUGCAUAAAACAGCAGAAGAGAGACAGUACGUGUGCACGAUUUGUUCUCGGCGUUUCUUACAUCGACACCAUCUGGUGGUUCAUCAGAGAAAACACAGUGGUGAAAAACCUUUUAAAUGUACUGCCUGUUCAAAAACAUUUAUGGCAAUAUUUCUACUUCACAAACACCUAAGAAAGCAUGCACGUGAAACUGGGCCUGUCUCACAAAUAUCAACUGAGCAGCUAAAACAACUGCAUGAUAAAAAACUCCUCCAUCUUCCAGCAACGCAGCCGGGUCCUGGCUUAAACACUGGACAAGCCCCAUCGGAUAGUCCUGUAAUAGUUUUAGAUGAUGAUGAAGAUGUUGUUAAUGCUACUGCUGAAAUAAAAGUUAAUGAGGAAGAAGGGAAAUUGGAUAGGAAAAGAUAUGAGCGAAAUAAGAAUCAAAGUAUUUUGGACAUGAUAGAAAAAGAUCCAAACAUGAUACUUGAAAAAUUAAAGGAAGACUUUAUAAAAUCCAAAUCAGAAACUGAAAAUUCAAAUGAAGUGAAAGCAGUGAAUGAAGAGAAAGUUGAAAUGACAAAUAACCUCAAGCUUGACAAUGAACAUACCGUAAAAAACAGUACUGAAAAACCUUCUGAAAAUAAAAAUAUCAAUACAGAUAUUAUCAGUGAUUCGGAAAAUUGUGAAAAACAAAAGUUUCAAGAAGAUACUGAUUUUUACAUUAAGUCUGAAGAUGUGAAUAGCACAUAUAAUUACAUUAUUAAAGACAAUUAUGAAGAUAUGAAUGAAGGCAUCACAGAGAAAGAAACUACAAAACAAGAAGAAAGUCAGGAUGUCAAAAAUGAAAUUAAUGAAGAGGAAAAUUGUAAUCUUUUACCUGAGUAUGGGUCAGAUGAUGAAGUCGAACUUGACUUCAUUACUGGAGAAUUAAAAGUGAUUGGGAAAAAAUCUAUGAAUGAGGAUAAGUUUGGAGAGGUCAAAAAUGAAAAUGAAAUAGCAGAUGAUAAAAUUGAAAACUUUGAAGUUAAAGAAACAGCUAAAAAUAUAUUGGAAGGAACACAUAAAGAAUGCUUGGAUUCUAAGGGUGAUAUAAAAGAAAUAGCUGAUGUUAAUGAAACUAAGAGUGAAGAUACUGAAAUGAUUGAAAAGGUGUUGGUUGACAAGGACUCCAAGACUGAAGAAGAGGCCAAGUCAGUCUUUGAACUGGAAAAUGUUGAAUAUAAUAAAGAAUUAGAAAAGUGGGAGAAGGUCAAAGCAGAUUUUGAAAAAGCAACUCGGGGUGACACAGUGGAAGAAAAGCGUUGUGAGAAAUCUGAUAAAAAGAAAAAUGAACAUGAAAGUGGAAACAUUUUUGAAAAAAUCAGUGAAAUGAAAGAUGGUUUAAAGAAGUCAGAGGAGUUGAAGGAAGAAGCAGAAACUCUCAAAGAUGACACAAAUGAGGUAAACAGAGAUGUUGAAGCUAUUCUUGGAGUCAUUAAACAAAAGUUAUGUGAAGGUGAAGAAAGCUUAGGUAGUUUACCUAAGAAACCGAAACUUGACGAAUGUAAUGAAAUUAAGACAGGUAUGAAACUAAGUGUGACUGCUCAGUACAAAAGUGACUGUGCUGAAUCACUGAGACAAACUGCUCCAAAGCAUGCUAGACAUAGAAAAGGGAAGAAAAAAGGGAAAAAGGUCAAGUGUGAAAUAUGUUCAAGGAGUUUCCAUUCUGAUCACUAUUUAGUGCUACAUAUGGCCGUCCAUAAAAGAAACCCAAUGUUACAAUCAUUAAAGAAAGCAAAGGAUUAUCAGAUGAAAGCAAUGGGCUUCUUGAAUAAAACAAAUGUUACUUGUGAGAUUUGUAAGAAAGUUUUUAAAUUUCAGAAAAGUUUAAAUUCUCAUAUGCGCGUUCACAGUGAAAAGAUGAUUCAAACAAAACUUUACCGCAAAGCAUUUAGAGACUUCAUGGCUGAGGCGGCACCUCACAGUUUGCGGACCACAAGUACUGAUAAAGAAAAAUCUCACACACAGAAUGGUGAAUCUGAAUCUCAGAUGAGACGGUUAAGUGCGGGUGAGCAGAUACACAAUCGAGAGACAACUGCUUCCGCAUCUGUUAAAAGGGUCAGUUGCGAUAUUGAAAUUAUGAAUACUUUUAAAGAUGAACAAUUUGAUGAACCACCUAUUAGAGUGAUUAUUGGUGAUGAUAACAUUAAACGCUAUCUCUGUCAUGCAUGUGAUAAUACAUAUACUACGCGGCAGAAGUUACGGAUGCAUGCGCUAAUUCACAAAGACAAUUGCUUUCUUUGUGAUGUGUGUGGAAAAUCCUUCUUCCGCCAUAUAACUCUUGAAAAACACAUUUCAACACAUAGGUUACCGAGACCUCAUAUUUGUGAUGUUUGUAAAAAGUCGUUCAUACAUAGAAGCAGUUUAAUGCGACAUAAAGUUAUACAUGAGAAACCAGCCAUACCUAGCAUUAAGCAGCAAGUAGCAGACAUUAACUUCGAAAUGAAAAUGUUAGAUACAUACACAAUGCUCAGGCAUGAGAGAAUGCAGAAAAUACAAAUGCAGAAAAAUCAUGAUACAUCAAAGACGGAUCCAGUGUCAGUGAAAACGGAUGAUAAAUAUGAUCCAUUAGAUUUAACUGUGCGCGUAAAAAUCGAAGAUCUUGGUCUACCUCCAGUUUUAUCUCCUGUAAGUGCUGGUGUACCGAAUGUUACACAUACUAGUACAUGGAAUCUCAGUCCUCCGUUAAUAACACAUGAAACAAGUAGUGACAUCGGUGAACGGACUCCAGAACAUACUGAUGUGACAAAGAACAAUGAAACUGAAAGUAAAACAUUGAAUUUUGAAUCUGUCAGGCCUUUAGGUGGAAGAGAAAACCAUAAGAGGCGGACUGAGUCUACAUGCAGUGAAUCAGAUACCGUCGCAGUCGAAGGACACCAGGUUGUCCAGAAAAGGUCGCGAAAAACACGUGUUUAUCAGACGUCAUGUAGAGUUUGUAAAGAAGUGUUCCCGAAUGUAAUGCAAUUAAAAUCUCAUAUGGUGGUGCAUAAUACAGUUGAGACACACUUAUACGAGUGUCACAUCUGCCGGCAUAGAUUCACACAAAGUUGUAGUCUGCUGCGGCAUUUGAAAACAAGUUGUCAAGAAAAUCGCAUGAAAUGUGUGCCAUGUGGGAGAACAUUCCAUCGAAGAAAUACGUUUGAUCAGCACAUGCGUCUUCACCAAGGAGGUCCACCAAACCUUGAUGGAAGUUUCUACGACAAACGACUGGAUGAGGCUGAAGUGGUCGAAGAACGAGAAAGUGACAUCGAAAAUAAUAAUCUUUCAAAAAUGGAGGGAGCAGUUAUUAACCAGGACACUAAUAUCACACCACUUAGAUUAGAACUUAUUAAUAUUCUGGAAAAAGAAACAACUGACAAUGUCACUGUUAUCAAGCAAGAUGGUAUUGAUUCAGAUUCUGAUGCAAGGACUUAUCUCUAUUCCGAGGGAGAAGUUCAUUCUAGAUAUAAUUCUGAUUUUUCAGAUAAUGACUGGUCCCCACCACAGUCACCUAAGAAACCAUCUAUUCCUCAGGACUUGUCAAUAACUAGUGGAAACAUGACUUUGAAUUUGCUCAGUGCAGUAUGUAGUGACAUUAGAAAUGCCGAAAAAGAACAGGAGUUGAAGAGAAAAGAACUCGAAGAAAAACAGAAAGAACUUGAAACUAUUGAAAUAUUGGCAAACUUAAAAAGAGGUGCCAUGCAUAAGUCAGUCAGUUCAUCUUCUAGUGUUCCAAAUGUAUAUCAUGUCGCCUCACCUUUUGUUUCAAACUGUGACAAAGUUGCAGUUCCAUCAAAUACCCAUUCUGAAACUGUUGAUGUCUCCCAGUUGGAAAACUCUCAAUUUCAAUCAAACUUUCAAGGGCAGAAUAUUGCCUCUGAAAAUAUAGAUAAUGGGAAUAAAAUGAAUCCAAUGUACAGUUCAGAAAAUUUAGAUUCAAAUAUUAGGAGUUCACUUUUUCCACCAGAACCGAAACCAUCUACACCUUAUAUUGCAUGCCAUUCGCAAAAAUUGCCAUCAGUUAUUGAAGGAAAUUCAUCAUCGACUUCAGAGCCAAAAAUUCCUACAGUGGUGCUUGAAGUUACAGCAGAAGCAGAACGAAAGCGACGUCAGCGUGUGGAAAGUACAUGGCAGGAUAAAUCAUACAGUGCUUUAAACGCAAGCCCAAAUUUAGGGAUUUGUGGUCCACAUUCAGUAUCAGCCAUCCCACCUUCGUCAGCUUGGAGUCCACUUUCAGUAUCAAGUACCCCUCAUUCAGUUGCAAGUGGUCCACAUUCAGCACCAGUUUUUCCACAUUCAUCAGCAAUAAAUCCAAAUUUAUCACCUUUUAUUCCACAUUCAACAGCAAGGGGUCCAUAUUCUUCGUCAAAUAGUCCCCACCAAGCAGUCAGUAGUUCAUGUGCAGCACCAGUUGUACAGAAUACACCAGGCAGGGUUCCACAUUCUACCAGUAGUCCACAUCCACCAAGAAAAGAUUCACAUUCAUCAAGGGAGACAACUCUGCAUCAAGAAAUGUCACAGAUGAAGAUGCACUAUCCUGCUAUCCAGGAGCGCUUGUCACUGCUGAUGAAAGCUCAGGUUUCUACGUCAGCAUCAGGAUCUUCCCAGAGUACGUCUGCUCAGAAUCCAAAAGCUUUAGACAGAGUGAGUUCUUCAUCCAGUACAACUUCAGCGAGGGCCCCUCCUGUAAAAAAUUUACAAAACUCAGACAGUGAUACACCACAAGACUUAUCAUUGAAGAAAACAUCACAGGAACAUCUGUCUGCUCAUUCUAUGCCAAAUUCAAGGUCAUUUUAUUCAAGGUCACUUUCAACAGAUUUGGCAAGGUCAUCUCAUAUUGAAACUAAAAGUUCUCCUGAAACAUCUAGAACAUUUCCUCCAGAUAUGCUACUGCAUUUGACAAAAGAGAAGAAGUCAAGGUCAGAAAGUUUGAAAACACUUCCCUCAGAAACAGCAAGACCGCUGUCUAUAGAAAAUAAGCCUAACAUUCCAAGGUCAGAGAGUUCAAAGUCCUUGCCAGGAGAUGUACCAAGGUCAGUAACUAACGAGGAGAAAAGGUCAGAAAGUGUGCCUGUACAACACCCUCUAGUGCCUAUGCUUCAAUGUGACCUCUGCAGUCGGGUUCUCUACAAUAAAACGGAUCUACAUCUCCAUAUGAUGGAACAUGGAAGGUCUGCAGGUGCUCUGUACAAGAUGUUGCAUAGCAACAAGGCACUUCUUGAGCAGAAAAGGCCAUCUGCUGAAGCUCCUAUAGACUUUACCAAAGCUGGGCCGAGCAAUGGUUAUGGACAGGCCUCUGAAGAAUCUAAAGUCAUACCACCUCAUUCAUUGGACCUUUCAUCGAAGAAAUCAGAAAACCAACUGAAGGCUUUCAAUCUGUCGGCAUCACAAACUCCAGAAAACUCACCAGGGACACAUUCAGUGCUGUCUGCUCACAAAGUUGCUGAAAAGUUGUCUCCCGUUUCAAGCAGUGACCUAAGCGAUUCCCUGCCAUCACCAUCAACGCCAUCAGGGUCGACGUCGUCUGCUGCAAAUCUCGACGCACUUCGUCAGGAGUUACGCUUGAAAAUAUACGCAAGAAGAAGGUCACAGGGACUGGAUGACCUGAAGGUGGAAUUUAAACCUCCAGAACCAACUGAGAUGACAGAAUCCGAGAAACUGAAGCUCAUGUAUCGCCGAGAGUGCAAUAGACAGGCUGCACAGAGAAGUCGAAUGAGGAAGAAAGAUCUGGUGGAUAGCCUUCUGGAGGAUCUCCAUAAAGAGGAGGUUGUCCAUAGCGAUCUCCAACGAAAGAUGGAGGCCCUUGUGGCGGAGAAAAAUUCUCUUCUCAAAGCUUUCAAGUCUCAUACAUGUGUAAAAACUUCUAAUAAACCAUCCGAGACUAAUAUUCUCUUUGAAGCUCUCCACUGCAAAGAAGUUGUGAUAGAUAAAGAAACAUCUUCCGAGAAAAAUACUGCCACUCUGGCUCACUCUCUAAACUUAGAGGAUCGUUCUGAGGAUGGUGGAUCAUCAGGCGAGAAAAGUUCUCUUUAUAAACACACGGAACCAAAUUGUACCGAGAAAAGUUUCAGCAUGGGAAUUUCAUUAAAUGAAUCGAAAGCUGAUUCUAACACACCAGAGGACAAAGGCAUUAGUGAAGACAACCUUAGACCUGAUCUUAAUGAUAGAUUACAUGACAGUGGUUCUGAUAAAGAUUUAGAAUGCAAAGAUGAGAGUUUUGAAAUUUCUGAUGAAACAGAUUCUCCAAUUUUAAAAUUGCUCACUAACAAGAGUGAAGAAAAGCCAAAAGGCGGCUCAGAUAAUGCAUUAAUAAAAGAUUUGGUGGAUAAUACAUAAAAACACACGUUGAAACAUAGGUUAUACAAAUUCUCCAACAAAUUACACUGUGAUUACUUCAACAGAAAAAAUAUCCAAUCUGCUGGAAUAAGAAAACAUGAUGAUGUGCUAAACCUUUCUUCUUUUCAUGGACAUAUUCUGUCUACUGUAUAGCAGAUGAUGAGCUCACAUAUAUAUACACUGUAUUUUUGUUAAAGCGACCAGUGUAGCCUGGAACUCCUUCAGUUCUUAGUGUGUAUUGUUCUGGUGAAAGUACUCUAGAUUUUAAAAAAUUGUAAAAGAACAUUCAUUACCUUCAGUAAAUUUUUCAAAACAUUUCAAAAGAUAUAAAAAAUUUCAUAAAUUUCCAAAAGGGAAUAAAGAACAUAAAAUCUGCUAUACUGUACAAAAAUAUAGGGAAUGAAAAAACAUUUCCUUAAGGCAUAGGAGAACCAAAGAGAUGUAACACACAAAUUUUCAUAUAUUACACAAAAACAGUUGAUUUUCUUCUAUCUAACAGUAUAUUAUAGAUCAUAUGACGCUUCAAAAAUAGUAAUAUCACUGUAUUGUUACAUAAAUCGUAAAUUUUUGUUCCAGAAAUUAUCAGAAAUGCCAAAUGUAAAUCAGAAAGAGAAAAAAACAGAUCCCUGAAAAGAAGAAUACAUUGAAAGUAGGUGGAUGUAUUGUUAGCGAGAAAAAGUGCACAACUUAAUCUGUCAGUGUAGAGAGACCUGAUUACUUAAAUUGGUACAAUACAUUUAGAUAUUUGAGACCUGAUUUCUUAACUUGGUACAAUACAUUUAGAUAUUUGAGACCUGAUUUCUUAAAUUGGUACAAUACAUUUAGAUAUUUGAGUCACAUUUGCUAGGGUAUUUUAAGAGCAAACAGUCUUCCUUGGAGGAUGACGGUAUUUGCUUUAGUAUUGCUACCAGAUAACACAUUGAUAUUGGGCUAAUGUUGGGCUAUUACUGUGACAUUCAUAAACUCUUUUAUUCUAGUGUCAGUUUGAGCACAUGAUUCUUUGUAUACUAAGCAAAGAUCCUGGUUACAAAAUGUAUGACACAUGAACAUUUGUUGGUACCAAUAUGUUCUCCAGUUAAUGUUGAAUUACAACAUUUCUUUAGCACAACUAUCAUGUUUUAACACUGCCAUAUGCAUUCAGUUUGUUUGGACAUUUGAUACAAUUUUUCCAUGAAAAUGAAUCAGUUUUCUUCUCUUUACAAUUAAAAUUAGGUAUCAUAAAUUAAAGCUGUAAACAUUUAAGUAUUUGUUAAUUUUUUGUAAAUCAGAAGAUUUUUGUUAUAAUUGUAAAUGUACAAAAAUAUCUCACUGUAAUUCUACACUACUUAAUUAAGACAUUGAAUUAUUGCUAGCCUUUGAGAUAAUGGUACAUGAAUUUAUAUUUUUCUUGUCGAUCGAGUUUUAAUUAACUUGCCAUCAUGGAUACAGUGGAAUUUGACAUUUACAUGACUGCAAUGCUGGAUAUAUAAGAAAGUAUCUUUUUGAUGUGAUGCAUUAUGCUGUUUUUUUGGGUUUUUUUUAAAUAUUACAGCAAAUUGUUCUGAGCAGCCAGUUAUAUGUAGAAUAAAUAAUGAUUCAUUUCUACUCCAGAAAGAAUGUGAGGCUUUAUAAUGCAGUUGUAACAUUUAUUUCUCCACAGUUAGGACAAAAUGUUUUUAUUACAUCAGACUUACAUAAUACGAAACUGCCAAAUGUUAUGCGUCAGUAACAUUGUUGCUACAUAUAAUUGUUGUAUUAUAUUGUCAUUAAUAGCUCCAUAAAAAUUGCAAUGGGCAUUUUUACAUUCAUACCAUUUUUCCAUCUAAAAUUUAGAAAAAAAUAAUUAUAUGUUUUUUAUUACCGUAUUCUAGUACAGUAAUGACCCUCUUGUCUAGGACUGACAAAGAAAAUUUUUAAGUCCAACGUUUUACAAAUUAUGUUUUACAGUAUCUUUAAUACUUGACUGCUUCUCAAUUAGAAUUUUACCAAAUCAAAAGAAAGGACUUCAGCAGAAAUAUUUGUUCAGAAACUUCCUUUCUUGUCGUCAGUUGGAUGUAAGGUCUCUUUUGUCACAUAGUAUUUCAAAUAACAGCCAGAUAUGACCGACAUUCUAAAAGUGUAACAUUUCUGUUAAGUAAUUUAAGACCAUUCAAGCAUUGUUGUAUUUGCUUUAAAUAAUAUAUAUGCUUAUUAUAGUAAGUACGGUAUCACAAUAUUUAAGGCAGCAGUUUCAUUUUAUUGUUUUAUAUUCAGUUUUUGUGUAAAGGGUCCAAAAUAUGGGUGGUUAUUAUUUUGCUGUUAUGAAUUGUGUAUUCAAACAUCGACUUUAUAACUUGUCUAACUGGUUGACUCAGAGAAUGUAACAUAGUUGGGGUUUUUUUUUAAUUUCCAAAAAGCUUUUAGUUGAUGACUUACUGGUAUAAAAAUAUUGAAACGGGUUUCUUUAAAAUCAUUUUGAAGAUUGUUUUAUUUUUACGCGAGUUAUAUUAAAGUGGUUGGAUAAGAAUGAUGCUUAUAGAAAUGUAAAAAGUGACAUAGAGGUCCAAUCACAAGUAAUAUUUUGUAGUUACAUCCCUUUUUCAAGUUUGCAGAUGGCGUAGCUAUAAAAAGGGGAGGUAAUUCACUGGAAAGCUGUCGAAAAAUGACAUUUAAAUCAUGCAAGAAAUUUCAUAGAACGAAGUAUAGAAAUUAUUGUAUGGACUUCCAGUCAUUGCAGGGAUUUACAAUCAUGUUUCUUGACUAUUUGAAUAUCUUUAACGCCAAAAUGAAAACUAUUUGGGUGUUUACCUAGGUACAAAACUUACACUUUGUUCUGUUCUAUGUUUAUUUGUUGUUAAAAAGAGUUCCUUACAUGUAAUUAAUGUGCUGAGUAUAACAUACACAAUUUAUCAUGUAAAUAUUUCAUAGCUAUAUUAUUAUUUUUCAUUUUAUUUGUGUUUUUAAGUGUUUAGUGUUUCAUAUUGCUAUAGUUUUUAUAAAAGUUUCAUUUUCUAUACUAUUUUGUUAAGUUGUUGUUGAAAAAGUUACUGAUAUAUACUGCAGUAUGAUACUGCCAAAAUAACUGAAAUAAAAAAAUAAAACACUCAAGCAAUUAUAA